AUGGCGACAGCAGCGGAGGGGCCACAGCAGCACGCGGCGCCGCCGCAUGGCAACCAGCAAGAGGCUGCAGAUCGGCUGGAGUGGGUGAAGCAGAUGAGGAGCGCGUUCAGCCCCGAGGGGAUGUGCAAGGCCGACGGCGAGGUGGACCAGGACUUUUUCAAGCCCAAGAACAUCAUCAUACGCCUCAAGGACGACGAGAAGUGGGGCGCAGCACAAAAGGAGGCGCUCUACAAGGGCCUGGAGCGGUAUGGGGUGGGCAAGUGGCGGGAAAUGAUCAACAGCUUCCCAGAGCUGUCUCGCUACAAGGACACGGACGUGCGGGUGCACGCCGGGCGGCUGCUGGGCGCCCAGUCCCUGGCCCGCCACGUGGGCUGGAAGGGCGACCGUGCGGCGGUGGAUGCGCAGCGGGAGCUGCACCUCAGGAUCGCGGGGGCCACCAGCUGCCUGAAGAACGGAGUGCUGGUGGAGAACGAUGAGGGCAGCGUGGCGCGGUACCUGGAGCAGCACCCAGAGGUGGCAGCCCAGAUCGGUGCGCCGCCGUAG